CUCACAUGACGGCAUAUAAACCUGCCUUACACACCUACCGAGUCAAAUACCAACAUGCAAAAUAAUGUGUACUUUGCAUGUAAAGGAAAUCUAUCAAGCAGGCUAAUUUCUACGUCGUCGUCUCAAGCAAGAUAUCUGUCGUACUUAUUACAUGGCGCCCCCAAGUCAUAGUUAUGACCAAAACCCCCCCUCAGUCUAUGGCUCCCAUGACGGUGUCCAUUACCAGCAGCCUGUGCCACAUGCUAAUCACUACCCGUACCGUCAAGAACAUGGUCACGCCUCAUACCAGCCGUGGUAUCAACAAGCUUCUAGCACUGCAUACCAGGUUGCAGGCCAUCAACAUGCAUCGCACCAGUCAUAUACUCCGCUCUCGAAUUCUGCCCCAGCUGCUCCCUACGAUCCCAAUACAUACGGGCCAAUGCCUGGUGCUUCAUAUCCAAUGAUAAAUCCGAUGUCUGCGCCGCAGGGUUUCUUCCAGAGCGCACCGAUUACAGUCCCUUCAAUUGACCCCGCGCAUCCUGGACCGCAAAUGGGGCUUCUUCAACAGCAAAAUAACACAGUUCAUGAUACAACUUUACCAGGGGUUUCAACUUCUCUUCCUCAACAUUACUAUAGCCCCUCCGACCCCGCGAUUCUCACAAGCGGGCUCACCCAGCCGCCACAAUCACAGCCAGUACAACUUGCAACUGGCGGGCUACAGUGGCUACGACCCCAAACCCAAGAGGCCGGUGAGACGAAUCAAUUGGCGUCUGCUAGCCCAGGAGUAGGGCAGCCGUCACAACAGCAGGAUAACGUUCCGCCUCCUCUGCCACCGCUUCCUGCCGGAUAUCGAGAACAAGUGCAAAAGAAUAUGCAGGCAAUGCCUCAGCACCCUCCCUACUCUGAUCGACCACCGAGCCAUCGUUAUGAGCCAGAGACAAAAGGAGCAUCUCUGCUCGAGCACCAGAGUAUUACAGGCGUUCAUUCAUCAUCUCUGAGCCCGAAUCAAGUUGCUUACGGUCUUCGCGAUUCAGCUCUCCCCCCUCCUGUACCACCUCGCCCCCGAACUUCGAAUGACCAGACUAUUGCUCAAAGUAUUUCAUUAUACAGUCCUCCACCCAAAAUAGAACCUGUUUCUGCCAACAGAGAGGGGCAAGCAAAUGAUAAACCAAAAGUUUAUACGCCCAUUUCGACUCAAGUCGAAGUACCAGAGAGCCGACUGUCCAAGGCGCAGCCGGAGGAUAUUAUUGGCCAAUCGGGGUUGCCAAAUCAUAGAAUACGGCCUGAUCAUAGUCCGGGGACGCACAAUGAGAUAUUCAAUGAGGCACUCAAAACUGAAGUCCAGCUUCCUCGACACUUUGGCUCUCUCAAUCCUUGGUCUCUUGAUGCCGAAAGCGAGAGCCCUAUUCCUCCACCGCCUAUCGGUCCAUUCAGAGAACCAGUUAAUGGGCUUAGCGAAAACCAAAGCCCCGUCAAGAAUGAACUGGUUGUGGGAGAUCCGGAUCAAAGUGUCAUGGCGGAAUCUGUCCAAUUUGACCGUCCAGGUGGACCAUUGCAGGCCUCAGCUCUUGGGCCAGGAGGACCAUCUGACUGGGAGCUUUUUGAGUCAUCCACAGAACCCAAUGUCGAGGCUGUCUCGGAGGCAAGGUUUUCAUUAGACGAUCCUGACCAGAAGGGUUUUGUAAUUGCGGAACUUCCAUCCCACCCUGUUGAUGAAGGCCCUGGUCAAGGCGAUACUCAUAUCCAGGUGGACGAAGGCACACAGCUGCGUCAGCUUAAAAUGACUGAUGUCAAAAUCCCUAGCCCUGUGGAGAAAGAGCCUGACAGCUCUGCCGAGGGUCAUAUUGGAAUUCAUGAUACGAAAUCCCAUUUCGAAGAUCCAGUCCAAGUUGGCAUCGAGCAUAUGAGACGAAGUAUUAGUACGGGAGAUCUUGUGGAGAAUUCGCCAAAAAGCUUUGCUUCUCCGGGUCUUGAGAGGGAUUCUCUGCCUAUCGAACAGCAGCACCAGAAACACGAAGGGAUCAAAAUUCCACUUGAGGUCCCGUUUUGGUACAAGGAGUCGAUAUUUCGAUAUUUAUCAAUGAUUGAGGAUGAGUCGAGAGCAGCCUCAGAUAUCGAUAGGGCCACUAUCUUUUCUGAGUUUAUCAGGACAGAAAUCGGGUUGAGGGAAAAUCGGUAUAAACUGAGAUUGCCCGUGGUUAUUCCCAGGCUCGAAGCCAAGGACCGCGAUUUGCCAAUGCCACAGGAUACGAGGAAAGAGGAUACAAAGGAACCUAGCCUCAAAAUGGGUAGACCAGUGGUUUCAGUGUCAACUGCUGACACGGGCAGCCUGGCAGAAAAUGUGGAUGAAACUCAAUACAGCCCCGGCGGAAGGCCCAUGCUAAAAUUUCCGGCCGAAACUUCCGCAAAGGUAGCUACCUCGCGAGGCGACACAGUCAAGAAGAGCAUCUCACCCAGGCCGGAGAACUCGGUAACGCUGAGCCCUAAAGGCUCUGCAAUUGAUGGAGAAUCUCCCAUUAGCCUUAGUUCAGGCAUGGAAACGCAGGGAGCGCAUUCAUAUCAACCAUCCAAUUUCGACAACAGAAACACGCUCGACAAGGCACAAGAAGGCGAUUUUAGUCUUCCUUCGGGCGUAUCGGCCCCAGAACCGAGCCAUUGUGAUAAUCUUGAUAUCAGACGUCCAUCAUCAGCAUCCGCUUCCCCGCCAGAAUACCAAAGUGUGCCUUUCAAGCCUUUCCGUCCUCUGCUCUUGAAAGAAACUGAAAGCGCGAACGAUGUUCAUUCGGCUUUAUCCAGGCACGAGAAUGAUCAUAAGGCAGGUGGAAGGCCGUCGCCCUCACAAGAUGAACCGAGUCCUCUUUCUUCUAUGAAUCAGAUGUCAAUGGCAUCACCAGGUGGUGUCACUCAAAUGGAACUUGUCGUUGCUGAUCAAGUAAAUGGAACGUUGGGAAAAGAUGACACCGAUCCACUGAGCAUAAAUCUGGAUCUUAUUCUUUCAGCGCCGCAGAUGGAAACGCGAACAGAAGAUCCUCAAUUAGUGAAGAUUGAGCAAGCUCUGCAAGACUGUGAUCAAAGUCUGCGUGGUUUGGAGCAUUUUUAUACUGAAUGGGAAAGACAGGCAAAAUCCGUCCGCGAAAAGUUGUAUAUCGAUCGCCAACGGCGUCGAGAACAUUCAGCGGAGCAGAUCGAUGCAAUGUUCGAUAAUGACGAAAUCGGCUACGGCGAUAUACACAACCUUGAAGAGGAAUUCGAAGAUGAAGAGAUGCAAAAGAAAUUUCAAGAAUAUAUAGACGAGUACAAUAGCUAUAACACCAGUGUCUUUCAGCCGACGUAUGACCUUCUUCAGCAGGGCAUAAAGCAUCUUAUGGAACACUACGUUGUCUGUGCCGGUCUUCUCAAGGAGAGCAUUGCUUGGGAGCAGGCACUUCUUGAUGCAUGUGCUCAUCAACCACUUUUGACAAACGUAUCGCGACUAAUUUUGGCGUUGCACCGGAGUAUAGAAUCGCUCCAUGCAAAAUCACUAACGGCUAUAAGAGAGAGAGAUACUCGCUUUGCAGAAGUUGAGAAAAAUCGGCCAGAAUCAAUGGGAAAAUCGCAAACGCCGAAUGGGGUAGAAGAUAACUUCAAAGCAUCGACCCAGAGGACGGUUUUAGACGCUGCGAAGAGAAAAUCUGACAGGUCUAGACGAUUAUUUGACUUACUGGAGCGAUCGAUUGCUAGAGGUGUCUCGGAAAAUCAAGAUUAUCUCAACUUGAUUGGCCAUGGGAUUCGAAAAAGCAAAAUUGACCAGCAUUACAAGCAUAUUUCGAGCAGACGAAAUAAAUCAGAGGAGCUGUUCCAGCGAGUUUGUGCUGUCGUGCAUUCUCUACGCGCGGAUUCCAUUUCGCUCGUCCAGGAUUUGAAUGCUGCGCAACUUGAAAUGACAGAUGCCAAAUUUGAUCUACAAAUAGCCGAAAUAAGCUUCUCUGCCGCGGAUGAGACGCGGAUGGCCGAACUUGAAAGGCAAAGAGGGGAGCAAAAGCAGUGUCUCGGCACGGAACUUGAUCGUCAACUCUCGUUACUCAAUGAAGACCAUAAGAAAAUCAUCGACGAGGCCCAGAAUAUACUCUUAGUCGACCCAGAAAAAGAACCGGAUACGCGGACCAGCUCGACCAUUCGACAUGAUGCCGAUUUCGACCACGCUCGAAGAAUGGCGAAGGCUCUAGAAGAUGCCAAAAGGAGAAAUCUUAAUAAAACGGCUUUGGACUCGAUUUAGCAGCCACAAUGCUUUAAUGACUAGAUGAUGCUUAUAUUGCUGGCAUCAACUUAUACCUAUUUGAUUUAUUGUUCAUUACUUUCAUUUUUGGUAUUAUAUUUGGUAUCUUUAUUUUUAUUUAGUGCCUCGUUCCCACCUGGAAACAUUUGAAUUUUGUGUCGUUUGAUAUAACAACAGUUACAACCAGAAGAGGGAAAGGUGAAGAAAAAAAAAAAUAGGAAAGAUGAGAAAUCCUACGUCAACGCUAAUCUUCCAGGUGACUGCUA